UAUUAUGAACUUUCUCUUCCCCAUGUCACAGUUCACCUGACCCAACAGUUUGGUAAUAUCUAGCUUUCAACGCCUGCAGACAAAAAGCAGAAAGCAGCAUAUCCAGCUCCCAUACUUUUGCUUAUUAUAGCUCCCUUUGUCUGGUUCCAAUAAUUUGAUCCGAGUCCUAUACCCAGAGUCACAUGAACAACAUCGACAACAAAUUCUCUCAUGGCGAUCAAGAGCUCAUCCUGCUCCAAUCCAUAUGGAUCAGCUGCUGCUGCAAGUUUUGAAGAACAUCUCAUGCAGCAGAAACUACUCUUCUCUGCCAAUCUCAAGGAAUUGAAGAGUCUCAGGAAACAGUUGUACUCUGCAGCUGAACAGUUUGAGGAGUCUUACAGGGAUGAAGUCAGGAAAGAGAUGGUGAUAGAUACCUGCAAGGACUACACCAUUAAAGCCCUGAUCAAUACCAUCGACCACUUGGGUUCCGUGGCGUACAAGAUGAACAGCUUCCUCGACCAGACAACGAGUGAAGUUGCAGAAAUGGAUCAACGAUUCGAUUCCCUGGAGCAGAGAGAGAAGACAUGGCAGCAUUACACAAACCGAGGAGGGAUCUAUCAGCACUCUCUGGCGUUCAAAGCUCCCAAGUACCACAAACAGUACAUAAUUCCAGAGAACGCGAAGGAGGCUGCAGAAUGGGAAGGAGAGAGCGUGACGACGGAGGAGGAUGAAGCUCGUAGUAGUAGAAGUAGCUCCAGCCUCGAAUUCAACUUCCAUCGUUUCACCAAUGCUGUUCAAAAGAAAACCAGUGGCAGCAGCCCUUCCACCUUUCUGAGAGAAGGGCAUUCACAGUUCACGCACUCACAGGGGUCUCCAAGACAACCACCGUUGGCAUUUUCAUGGAGUCCGACUAGUAGUAGUAGUGGUAGAAGUAGCAAUAAAAAAAGAGUAGACUCUCCAAAACGGUACCCUCUUAUCCGAUCGGGAUCUCUGUAUCUCAAGAGAUCAAUUUCUCCAAACUAUGCCAAUGGGAAGCAAAGGAAUCCAUCAGCUCCACGGAGAUUGGUGACAUGGCCGGAACAUAGAGGAAUAGAUGGUGGGAGGAAUGAGAAUGAGCGGCAGGCCAGUAAAAGCAAACGCCUGUUCAGGGCCAUGGUAAGCUUGCGGGGAUCCAAGAAAGAUAAUGGUUCCAUCUACAAGCAAUUAGACGAGAUCUGAAAACAAGAAGUUAGAAGGAAGACUUUGGAGAGGACACAA